AUGGUCUAUCAUCGACAGCUGUCGGACCGCUACACCCUUUCGGUGCCUAGCUGCCAUGCCACACGAAGGAGGCACGAGGGCUGGGAUACUGCCAGGUUGCCCAAGCCUAGACAGGGGAAGUCGAGAGGUACCCAAAUAGUUAUUGACGUAUUCAUCCCUAAACCGUUCCGCUCGUUUGCCUUCGUGACGUUCGAUGAUCCCGAUGUUGCUGCUUCCUUGCUGGGCAAAGAUUUGACAAUCCAGGGUCACAAAGUGACCAUAGGUUCGGCCGUUCCCAAACUGCCUUCCCAUGUUCGUCAAAACCCCGCAUUCGAAAACGCAGGGGGGAAUUUGCGUUCUCCUUAUCCUGGCAGUCCAAUGGCACAUGGGCCUCUAUGGAACAGUCCAUGGGCGAGAUGGCCCAAGUGGUUAGAGCGCGAAUUUACUGACCGGAAGGUCCGUGGUUCGAAUCCGACCUCCGUCACUCGACUUCCCCUGUCUAGACUUGGGCAACCUGGCAGCAUCCCAGCCCUCGUGCUUCCUUCGUGUGGCAUGGCAGCUAGGCACCGAAAGGGUGCUACAGCUGAACGCUUUCUUUCUUUUUUCAUGGGACCUAGCCAUCAGAAUCCGGGGGUGAGAUGGCUCAGUGGUAAGAGCGCGAAUUUGCUGGCCGGAAGGUACGUGGUUCAAACCCGAUCUCCGCCUCUAGACUUCCCCUGUCGAGGCUUAGACAACCUGGCAGUAUCCUAUCCCUCGUCCUUCCUUCGGGUGGCGUGA